AUGGCGCGGAGCUACCUGGGCCUCACUGGAGGCAAGCUGCAGAUCGCUAUCAGUGUGAUCGCUGGUAUGGAUUUCCUGCUGUUCGGUUACGACCAAGGUGUGACGGGUGGUCUCUUGACCCUGGACUCGUUCAUUAAAUACUUCCCAACUAUUGCGACCAACGGUGCAUACUAUGACAGCCUAUCCACAUCACAGCAAAGCACUCAGUCCACUCGUCAGGGUGUUGUCGUCGCUGCUUACAACCUGGGAUGCUUCGCUGGAUCUAUCCCGACGAUCUGGAUUGGGAAUUGGCUCGGCCGGCGCAAGACGAUCUUCGUUGGGUCUUUCAUCAUGGUCAUCGGGGCACUUCUGCAGUGUACCUCAUACAGUUUGGGCCAGUUCAUUGUUGGACGUCUGGUGACUGGGUUUGGAAACGGCAUGAACACGUCGACCGUUCCCACAUGGCAGUCUGAGUGCUGUAAGUCCAACCAUCGUGGCCAGCUGGUCAUGAUCGAAGGUGCCAUGAUUACCUGCGGUAUUACUAUCAGCUAUUGGAUUGACUUCGGCUUGCUAUUUGCCGAUCCCAGUGAAGUGGCCUGGAGAUUCCCAUUGGCCUUCCAGAUCUUCUUCGCCCUCAUUAUCCUAUUCUUCGUCCUGUCUCUCCCCGAAUCCCCCCGCUGGCUCAUUCUCAAGGGCCGUGAGGAUGAAGCAAGGACUGUCCUGCACUCACUGCUGGGUGAUGAAGACGAGACUUUCAUCGACACCGAAUUCACUGCCAUCAAGGCCACUGUCUUGGAGAUGGCAAAAGGAUCAUUCCGCGACAUGUUUACCAUGACUGAAGACCGCCAUUUCCACCGCGUCGUCUUAGCCUACGUCAAUCAGAUGUUCCAGCAAAUCAGUGGCAUCAAUUUAAUCACAUACUACAUCCCGACGGUCUUGGAAAAUCAGCUGGGAAUGAGCCUUGAGAUGUCUCGUUUAAUUGCCGCUUGUAACGGGACUGAGUACUUCCUUGCUUCGUGGGUGGCCGUCUUUACCAUCGAGCGGUUCGGCCGUCGAUCCCUGAUGCUUUUCGGUGCGGCGGGCAUGUCGAUAUCCAUGGUCAUCCUUGCCAUCACCGCCAGCAUGAGCAGCGACGGGGCUCGCGUCGCCUGUGUUGUCUUCCUGUUCGUGUUCAACACGUUCUUCGCCAUCGGUUGGCUGGGCAUGACGUGGCUGUACCCGGCGGAGGUUGUACCCCUGAGGAUCCGUGCUCCGGCGAAUGCGCUGGCUACGUCGUCGAACUGGAUCUUCAACUUCCUGGUAGUCAUGAUCACCCCUGUGGCAUUCGACACCAUCGGCUACCGAACCUAUAUCAUCUUUGCGGUCAUUAAUGCGUUCAUCUUCCCAGUGGUGCUCUUCUUCUACCCGGAGACAGCCCGUCGAUCCCUGGAGGAGAUGGACCGGAUCUUCCGCAAGACUAAGAACGUGUUCUCGCUGGUCAAGGUGGCCAACGAGGAGCCUCAUAUGUACGGCAAGAAGGGAGAGCUCCUGUUCAUGCUGGACGAUGUGGAAGACGACGCGGUGCGGCGCGCGAGCGUGCUGAGCCACCACGCGAAGGAUACGGAGAAGGGCAGCGAGGAAAACAUUACCACCAGCAAGUUGUAG